AACAUUUAUAUACGUGAUCCCUAUAGAGCACCUCCCUUACGAAGAGGCAGUGGCUGGUGUUUUUUCUUCAUUUCGCAGUGUAUUUUGGUCCUCAUCUCUACUACCCAGCCAUGACUGAGUUCGAAUGGCCGUGGCAGUACAGCUUCCCGCCUUUCUUCACGCUGCAAGUGAAUGCUGACGUCCGCAAGACCCAGCUGGACGCGUGGUGUGCCCUGGUGACCUCGUGGGGCAAACAGGGCGGUGUGACCCAGAUUGACGUGACAGAGGCCUCCGAUCUGGCUGUGUUCAAAAACGCGUCCAUCCAUCGAGCUCUGCCGCCAGAUGGCAUUCAGGUGGUGCUGGAGGAGCUGGUGAGAAGAGGCAACUUGGAGUGGACUGAUAAAACCAAGCGAAGAGGCUACUUGUUAUGGCGAAGUGCUGGGGAAUGGGGCACGCAGAUUUACAAGUGGGCGCAGGGGUCCAGUCGUAUUAACACUGUCUGCACCCUGUAUGAACUUGCACAUGGUGACGAGACUGCUGACCAAGAGUUUCACAAUUUAGACGGAGACAUCUUGCUGAAGGCCUUACGAACUCUGGAAGCUUCAGGCAAGGCAGAGCUGAUGGACUUCGGCGACAACCAGGGCGUCAAAUUUCUGUGAGGUGUGUGUGUGUCUGUGUGUAUGAGUGAGAGAGAGAGAGAGGGGAGGAGAGGGAGAAAAAAAGAGACGCCAGUAUUCGUUGACUUUAAGCAAUCUUAACACAUUUUUCAAGGCCAUAUAGAUAACUUGCCUGGUUCUCAAGAGCGUUUCUGCUGUCAAUACUGUAGAUUAUCUUGUUGAUCUGUGACUGAAACCAUAAAACACCAUUAAAAACCCUUUGCUUUUUCUCAAUGACUGUUUCCCAAGGCCACAAAGAUGAUUAGCCAGUUAUCAAGACUAUCUGCUGUCAAUACUGUAGAUAUCUUGUCAGUUUGUUGAUUAAAUCGUUAUAACUCCCUUGAAAACCUGUAUAGCUUCAACUAGUCUUUGUAAUAGUGACGAUGUGGCGCAGAGGUGUUUCAGAAUACGAGUGUGUGUGUGUGUGUGUGUGUGUGUUUCUUUUCUUUAUCGCCUGUUGCUUGAAAAUAUUACAAUAAUUAAUUUACGUAUUGAUUUAGAGAUCACAUAAGAAAUAAAUAUCUUUUAAAAGUUCAUUAGGUUAAUAAAAAUAAGUUAUAUUUAAAUUUUGAAGACAGACAGACAGACAGACAGACUUGCUUUGAAUAAUUGUCGCGGAAAUAUUUGAAUUGUAAAGCUAAUUAUAUUUGAAAAUUAAACCAGUAUUUUUUUUUUAGCUUAGAUUUAAAGUGAUUAUUAUUAUUAUUAUUAUUAUUAUUAUUAUUAUUAUUAUUAUUAUUAUUCUAGAUGUAAUGUGCUUAAUUUUAUAAUAUGUGCAAUCUGUCUCAGUAAUAAAUAUAUAAAUGAA